AAAUAAAAAAAAAGCUUGUCGGAUCGAGAGAAGAAAAUUGGAUAAGACGGUGGCAGUUCGCAGGCGUUUCAACAAGCUUUGCCAAUGACGCCGCCUCCGCCUCCCGACGAUGCUUGGAUUCGUUCUCAUGACCGCUUACUCCCCGAAUCUCAAUCGCUUCUCUCUUCCCACCAAUCAGUUAUAGCGGUUGCAAUCUCAAGAGUAAAUCAGUUCGACGCAGCAAGGCUAGAUGUUGAAAUGUCUGCCAUGUUGAAAGAACAGUUGGUUAAGGUUUUCACUUUGGCCAAGCCAGGAAUGAUGUUUCAAUACGAACCAGAACUAGAUGCAUUCCUUGAGUUUCUAAUUUGGAGAUUCUCUAUUUGGGUUGACAAACCUACCCCUGGAAAUGCUCUCAUGAAUCUUAGAUACAGAGAUGAACGACUUUCUGCUGCUGCUGCUCCACAACUCUCUGGGAAAGUCAGAACAGGACUCGAAGGCCCGGGCCUUUCUGCUCCUCAAAAGAUUUGGUACUGUGUUGCCUCUGUUGGUGGUCAGUACCUCUUCUCCCGUUUGCAGUCGUUCUCUGCUUUCCGUAGAUGGGGUGAUUCUGAGCAGAGACCAUUGGCUAGGCGGCUCUGGACCCUCAUUCAACGCAUCGAAGGCUUCUAUAAAGCUGCUUCUUUUCUUAACCUCUUGUCAUUUCUUUAUACCGGAAGGUAUAGGAACCUCAUUGAAAAAGCUUUAAGAGCAAGGCUUGUCUAUAAUAGUCCCCAUAUGAACCGAUCUGUCAGCUUCGAGUACAUGAAUCGCCAACUUGUCUGGAAUGAAUUUUCGGAAAUGCUUUUGCUGCUUCUUCCGCUGCUCAACUCUUCAGCUAUUAAGAAUAUUCUUAGUCCAUUUGCCAAGGAAAGGUCCUCAAACAAUAAAGAGGAUACAGUUGCUUGCCCCAUUUGCCAAGUGGAUCCUGCAACUCCGUUUAUUGCUCUGCCUUGCCAGCACAGGUACUGUUACUACUGUAUAAGGACCCGCUGCGCUUCGGCAGCAUCAUUCCGGUGUCUUAGAUGUAAUGAGCCUGUGGUUGCCAUACAACGGGAAGGUGUUUCAAGUGGCAAAUGAAGGGGGGAGAAGAAUUACAAAUAUUACUGAAACAUGAUUAGAAGGGGUGUUUGCAAACAGUCUAUACAAUAAAGGAACAACAACAUGUGAAGGAUAAAAACUGUGGAAGAAACAAGUCUUAGGGAUAGAAAUGAACUUCCUUUGUACAUUAAAAAGGGUUGUAAACCGUUCGGUCUUCUUUAUUAGCAAAUCAAAUCGAAAUGUCGGCUAUACUUGAAUAAAUCCAUUUCCUUACA